AAGCAGUUCUCUGGGACCACCUUCUUUUGGCUUCAACCUCUCUCACUCUUGACAUCUGAGUAGCUCGGGGAAGCUCCUAAAGGUCUGAGCGUUCCUAUGUAAAGGAGACCGGCCGCUAGGGCUCAGAACCAGGAUUAUCUGAGCUCUGCAGAAGUGCGCGCGACUCUUGCUUUGGGAGGGGGAAAAAGUCACACGGUUUCUAGUGAAAAGUGACAGAGAGUGGUGGCGUUUGGAACCGUCUUGAAGUCUUCUGCCUGGAACCCGAGAUUUGCAUGCUAUGGAACACCCGCUCUUUGGCUGCCUUCGCAGCCCUCACGCCACCGCGCAAAGCUUGCACCCGUUCUCCCAGUCCUCUCUCGCCCUCCAUGGAAGAUCGGACCAUAUGUCCUACCCCGAGCUCUCUACUUCUUCCUCGUCUUGCAUAAUCGCGGGAUACCCCAACGAGGAGGGCAUGUUUGCCAGCCAGCAUCACAGGGGGCACCACCACCAUCACCAUCACCACCACCACCACCAUCAGCAGCAGCAGCACCAGGCUCUGCAGCCCAACUGGCACCUCCCGCAGAUGUCCUCCCCGCCGAGCGCGGCUCGGCACAGCCUCUGCCUGCAGCCCGACUCCGGAGGGCCUCCGGAGCUGGGGAGCAGCCCGCCUGUCCUGUGUUCCAAUUCUUCUAGUUUGGGCUCCAGCACCCCAACCGGGGCCACGUGCGCGCCGGGGGACUACGGCCGCCAGGCUCUGUCACCCGCGGAGGCUGAGAAGAGAAGUGGCGGCAAGAGAAAAAGCGACAGCUCAGACUCCCAGGAAGGAAAUUACAAGUCAGAAGUCAACAGUAAGCCCAGGAAAGAAAGGACAGCUUUUACUAAAGAGCAAAUCAGAGAACUUGAAGCAGAAUUUGCCCAUCAUAAUUAUCUGACCAGACUGAGGCGGUAUGAGAUAGCGGUGAACCUGGAUCUCACUGAAAGACAGGUGAAAGUCUGGUUCCAGAACAGGCGGAUGAAGUGGAAGAGGGUAAAGGGAGGACAGCAGGGAGCUGCAGCUCGAGAAAAGGAACUGGUGAAUGUGAAGAAAGGCACACUGCUCCCCUCAGAGCUUUCAGGAAUCGGUGCCGCCGCCCUCCAGCCCACAGGGGACUCUCUAGCCAAUGAAGACAGUCACGACAGUGAGCACAGCUCAGAGCAUGCACACUUAUGAUAUACGCAGAGAGGACCAGCUCCAUUCUCAGGAAAGAAAUGUGAUGGCAAGCCUUACCCAAACAUCGUUUACACCCAGAGAUGACGAUGGCAGUGAUUUUUAAUGUUAUUAAAUUCAGGCAUCUCAAGUCUAGUUUUCAUGAUUUAUUUACACUAAGUGCCACUUAUUAAAGAUGCUUCCACAGUGAAGAAGGAGAAGGCGGAACUGGCUUUGAAUAUUCCAGAUGUGUUUGGUCCCGUGAAUGGCAAUAAGCAGGUAUGUGUUUGCUUUUGCUUGCACUGAAACUGAAAUUGCUACCAAGAGCAAAGUGUGAAACAUUUGUAUUCAAGAUGCCUUCACAGGGAAGAUGCUGAAGAUGAACUUGCUUUGAACAUUCCAGCUGUACGAGGUCAUGUAUAGGACAGUGGGCAGGUAUUUGCUUUUGCUUGCACUGAAAAUCAAACUGCUAUCGAAAGUAAACCAUGAAACAUUUUAUCCUGAACAACCACAGUGCCUGAAAUCACUCAAGUGGAUUGAAUUUGUAUUUUAACUCUGUAUAUAUUACCCUUAAGUCAUUUUCCUGCCUUCACUAAUGUUAGCAAUGCAUUCAUAUUAGCUGAUAAAAAUAGGCACUCACAGUGACAACCAGGACCAGCUUCUUGCCUUUCUAUGCAUUUUGUCAUCCAGAGAAAAUCAGCGUGUGCUUACUCGUGUUCAAGUAGAGAAAAAUACAGUAGAGUCUGAUAGGACAUAUUCUUGUACCACAGACAAAACAAAUCUUAUGUUGCAUUUACUAUCAACUGCUGCUAAUACAUUACUAUAAAACUUGCCUAGCUCCUCAAUUCUUCUUAUCUUAUAGCUUGGGAAAAAAAAAAUUAGGAUCAUAGGCAAAUCAGUUACCUUGCAGAAAGAGCUUUGUAUAACAGACAUUGUCUGAUUUUAUUUCUAUAACUGUUAGCUGUAUGAAUAUGAUAAUUAACGAGGAAAAGGUCUCUUCCUGAUUGGCAAUGGUGUCAGACAAGGUGCAAAACACAGCGAUUCCUCAAGUUGAUAGAAAACGUAAUUCUGAAUGUCUGCAAAUUAUAAUAAAGUCAAUAAAAACACAUUAUUUUUCAUAUGUGAUGUAUUCAUGCAAAAGAACAAUUUUUGUAUUUUGUAAAUAAAAAGUGUUUAAUAAAUGAUCCUUUGUAAAUAA